AUGACUGUGUACAAUAUAAUAUAAUUUUAGUGUGUAAAUUUUAUUAGAACUUAAUUAAAAGAGACAGUCGAUUCGACGAUCAAAAUAACCCAUACAUGUAUACCAUAUUGUUUUUGCAAAAGAGCAGACGAUAAUAUCAUGGUUAAUUUUGGCAGCCGGAUCCCCGUUAGAUAAGUGGGCUUGCAGCAGUGAAAAGGCUGAAUUCAACAAUCAACUCAACUUUUCAUUAAAUAUAAAACAAGAAUCUGAUGAUACAGUGGAGAACGAUCAAAAUAUUUCAUUUCAAAGGACUAAAUUUUGUACGCCAACACUAUGAGCUUUCAAAAUCACAUUGUAAGAGACGGUCAUGUAAGGUUUAUCAAUAAUAUGACUCGGAGCAGUGAAUUUACAGAAAAGCAAGAAACAUUCCAGGAGAAAAUUAUAAGCGAUUCCGGAAGAAAAGAUGUAAUACCAGACCAAAAAUUAGAUUAUAAAUUAAAUUCCGAUGAAUGUGAUGAAUUUUCCAGAACAAUUGAGCAACUACGUACUUUUAUUCAAGACAUCGAUGAGGUCCAAAAACAACUGCAGCCGUAUCAUCGUGAUUCAUGUAAAAUGUCAUUGAAGCAAAAGAGUAAUUUAAGAGUACAAGGGAGUACGGAAUACAAUCAAUCGAAGCCGCACAAAUGUGAUCUAUGUACGAAAACAUUUAAGCGAAAGGGUUCUCUGAAGCAGCAUGUCAAAGUGCACGAUAUACUGAAGCCCUUUCAUUGUGUUAAAUGUCCCAAAACAUUUAUGCGAAAAUGUUCCUUGGAGCAACAUACCAACAAACAGCACAAUCGACCCAAGCCCUUCAGGUGUGAUUUAUGUGGAAUGGCCCUUGGAUAUAAAAAGACGCUUAGAAAUCAUAUUGAUUGGGUGCAUAAACAACUGAGGCCAUAUAAGUGUGAUUUGUGUGAAAAGUCAUUUGGAUAUGAGAAGACACUUAAGAAUCACAUCGAUUGGGUGCAUAAAAAACUGAAGCCGCAUAAGUGCGAUUUAUGCGAAAAGGCAUUUGGAUGUAAGAGCACACUCAAAAAUCACAUUAAUUGGGUGCAUAAACAAUUGAACGGGAUCAAGUGCGAUCUAUGUCCGAAAAUAUUUGGAUUAAAUUCAAAUAUGAAGCAGCAUAUCAAUGUAAAACACAAUCCACUCUUUCAGUGCGAUAUUUGUGACAAGUCAUUUGGAUAUAAGAAGAUGCUCAAAAAUCACAUUGAUUGGGUGCAUAAACAACUGAAGCCAUAUAAGUGCGAUUUGUGUGAAAAAACUUUUACGCGGAAGAGUCUUUUGUCAGUUCACUUUGAUUCCGUCCAUAACCAACUGAAGCCGUAUAAAUGUGAACUGUGCGAAAAGGCAUUUGGUUAUAAAAAGUCGCUAAAAAAUCACAUUGAUUGGAUGCAUAAACAAUUGAACAGGUAUUCGUGUGCUGUAUGUGGAAAUUCGUUUGGACGAAAGGGUCUCUUAACAGUUCACAAGAACAUAGCGCACAAUCAAAUGAAACCAUACAAGUGCGAUUUGUGCGAAAAGGCAUUUGUAUAUCAAAAGCCGCUCAAAAAUCACAUUGAUUCGAUGCAUAAACUACCGAAUACUGAUGCCGUAUUAGUGUGAUUGAUUUCCGAAAAAAUUUGAAUUAAAACAACUUUCCUCAUAGUUCCUUUAUAUGGUGCAUUAUCAGUCGAAGCACCAUCGAUGUGAGACAUGAUCCAAAAUCAAUUAUGCGAAAUCAUCUCACAGUUCUUAUCCUCAGAUAUGGCCUAUAAACGACUGAAGUCCUACGAGUGUAACUUAUGUAAAAGGACAUGUUCAUAUGUUCAUAGAGUAGGUCUGUGGUAAAAAUCGUUACGUUCUUUGUUAAAAGACUCUCAGAGUCAAACUAUAUUUAUUUUCAAAUUUUUUUCUGUAGUUAUAACAAUUUUUGAAACAGAGUAUCAUAAAGAUUACCUGAUUCUAUAACCAAAAAACUAACUUCUAUAAUCUGUCUCUUAGGCACUUUUCCCUACAAACCUAGAAUUUUUUAUUUAAAUUUCUCUUCGUGUACCUGUAUCGAUACAGUCCAUAAGAGUUAGAGUCAUAUCAGUGUGAUAAAUGGUAAAAAUUAUAUGAACGAAAGGCUCGUCUCGCAAUUCAGAGCAAUGAGCCGCAUAAUCAGGUAUUACAAUUAAAAAGCCUAGUUUUAGAUGUAAGUCAACAAAUUGUUUAA